AUGCCGGCUGAAGCCCCUAGCUUCUCUGCUAUCCAAGAGAAGCUCCAUAAUUGUUUUGGCAAGAGAGCCUGCUUGUGGCAACUCAAAGUCGCAGAUGCUUUCCUGCAAAAUGACCGUGAUAUUAUCUGCAUCGCAGGGACAGGGAUGGGUAAAACACUUGCCUUCUGGUCACCAUUAGCACUCCGGGACACAGGCAUUCUGAUUGUCGUGACUCCACUCAACCAACUAGGGCAACAAAGCGUCAGUUUCCUCGAAAAGACUGGUAUAAAAAGCAUCUCAAUCUCUGCUGAGACAGCGAGCAUGGCAAAUUUCUCUGUAAGUUCAAGAGUAUCUGUUAUGAGCAAUUAA